UCCUUCAAGUUCAUCUUUGACUCCAACACAAAACUAUUAUAAACUGUGCCUCUAAAACACGUGAUGAAACAUUUCUUGAGGGCUAUUUAUUCCAACUGCAGCAGAGGAAAGUUUUCAGAGCACCCGGCGUUUGGGAGAGGAAAGGUCUCUUGAGCUUUGCACAGGGAAGAAUUAUUUGCAUACCGACGCUUUAGCUGUGGUCGUACUGUUUCCAUGCUGAAGAUGGACCAUGCAAACAUCACCCAAGCCAUGCUGAACACUGAGUCCCACAGCACGGAGAAGAAUAACAGCAAUGAGUAUUUUUACAUCUUGAUCGUCAUGUCUUUCUAUGGGAUCUUCCUGAUAGGGAUCAUGCUUGGCUACAUGAAAUCAAAAAGGAAAGAGAAGACAUCCAAUUUGCUUCUGCUCUACAAAGAUGAGGAGAGAGAAUGGGGAGAAGCUGUGAAGCCUCUACCAACCAUAUCAGGGCUGAAGUCUGUCCAGAUCCCCAUGAUGCUGAACAUGUUGCAGGAGAGCAUGGUGCCCUCCCUAUCCUGUGCCAUCUGCUCAAUGGAAGGCAGCAGCGUCAGCUCAGAAUCCUCCUCCCCAGAUGUGCACUUCACCAUCCAGGAGGAGGUGCUGGAUGCUGAGCUGGGGGAAGUGUCAGAAAAACUCCUCAACGAGAGCAGCGAGGGCUCUGUGGAGAACAUCCACAAGAACUCCUAGCACCUGCCGGGCUCCCCUGGGUGCAGCCAGAGCACGAGCGGAGCUCCCACUGACGACUUGUGGUUCUACCUUCCUGCUUGCCUGUGAACUUUCCACCAGCAGCUGUGCCCUGGGGCCCACGAUAUUCCUGAGAACUGGCAGCACAAGGAAGCGGUGGUACCAAGCUCCAACACCUAACUUGCACAUAAUUGGGAUGCUUCAUUUUAUUUUUACUAUUAUAAUUUCUCACCAUAAGAGCUAAGAGCAAAGAGAAUAUAUAUAUAUAUAUAUAUAUAUAUAUUCUAAUGAGGUAACUAUUACUGGCAUGUCUCUGCAUGUUGCAGAUAGCACAAGAACCUGGCUGUUAAAGCUGAUGGGUGAUGCUCAUUCACACAAAGCUGUGAUAGUCUAGAAGUACUUCCACUGUGUUUUUCUUAUAACAAACUACAGCCAUCAGCAGAUUUGCUCAGUGAGACCUCAAAGGCCAAACCUUUGUGGAUGAUGGUGUUGGAGGGAGAUUGCAGUGUGGCUGGAGACUGACCUUAGGCACAGAGAGAAUGAAAGAUGGAAACAAGAAGCAAGGGAGGCUCUAUGUUUCCAGAAGGUUUGUACAGAUGGGUUCAGAUCCAUAUUGCUCCAUUUGUCUUUGCUGAAGUUGUACCUGUGCUGGCUGGGUCAGGUAUGCCAACUGCUGCUGCAAUCCAGCCUUUGGCUGAACUAACAGUAGGAAAAGUGGUCUUGAGUUUUGCUUUUGUAUUCUUCAAUGACAUGUAUAUUUGAUCACUAAAACCAAAGAUCCGUAAGUUAAAAAAGCACCUGAAAAAUCUCUGUUACAAGGUGCAAGAUCUAGGAAGGCUUGAACAAAUGCUGCUCUGUUACGCCCCUUGAAAAUGGGUGGAACUUAGAAUGAAUUCACCUAGCAAAGGUGAGAUCCUGGCCUCACUGAAGUCACCAGCAGAGCCCUACUGACUUCAGGUAACAGGCACAAGAAGUUGUGCUUCUCUGCUGGAGUCACAUUCUCCAUUUGAGGUCAGUAAAACUGUAUCCAUUUACAUCACUACAUAAUCCAGCUUUUCUGCUCUAUUUAAACCAGCGUAGAUAAACGUUGCAUUACGUCUUUAUUUUUUUUCCAGCUCGCAUGUAACACAUGCAUUAGGCAUUAGUAACUAGUUUUUAAAACCACCAUGAACAGCCCCCCUCUAAUUUAAUAGCACUGUGGUUUUUCAAAUGCUCAUGAACUUAGUUGCUAAAUCAUUGCACUGUUAAAAGGAGUAAUGUUGAUGUUGUGGCAAUGUAUGAUUAUUUCAAUCAUACCUUAUAUUUUAUAAUAACUUAUUACAAUGGUUAGAAUAGUUCUGAAGCAUGAGGGCUAGAGAGCCUGAGACUUCAGCGUUGCACAGCAAAAUGCUUGUAAAACAUCUCCACAUAUUUCCCGUGUUAAAAUAGCUCUGCGAUAUGUCCACUGGCAUUAGAGUUUGAGGGACAGCUUGAAAAAUAGGAGUGCAGAACAGCGGGAAGGAGCCGGGUUGGGGAGGCUGCUGUUGUCUGGAGCAGAGCAGCAUGCAGGGCUGGAGCGGAGGUGCUGCAGCCCAGAGGUGUCCCAGGCAGCAGAACAACGACUGCGUUGUGCUCCAAGGGGUCCUGCUCCAGUUCAGUCUGAAGGCAGCGGGAGUUUUUCCAUUGACUUCAGUGAACUUUGGAUCAGACCAUAUAAAGCUUUUUGGUAGAUUUACUCCAAAAGGGGUUGUUUUAAGUUUGAAAGAAGCCAAAUUCAGUUUGGCAUUUUGCCUGGAAUCACUUGAAUCCUGAAACUUUCCAAACGAGACUGACAUGCGUGAGUUGUCACAUUUUCCAUUGCUUCCUCCUUCGUCCUUCUACUUCAUUAUAAAUGUAUUUGUAUCUGUAAAAACCUGAUGUAUAUAAUUCCUGACGUUGAGUUGUAUAUAAUUGUCUCACGUAUUUAAAGUUUAUUGUUUCUACUGGCACUCAUUUUUAUUUAAAUAAAGAAACACAUUU